CAUCAGACGCAAAGCACGCUCAAAGAGCGCAAAGCAGGCGUAAAGCGUGCGCGUAUCGUGUGCGGGAGGUUUUAUAUUUGGCUAGUGUCGCCGGUGUCGCGCUCGAAGAUGGAUGAAAACGCUCAAAUCCAGGCGAAAUUUUUCACCAAGGAUGAACGUUACGCAGUGCCUGACACACCGUUUUCUAUAUCCGGCAGUACAACUCCGGAACAGUUGUCCUCUCUGAUCAACACGCUUCUGCGGGAGUCGUCGGGCGACGCCGAGAACGAUGAGGAACCAACUUUUGACUUCUUGAUUGAGGGAGAGUUGCUGCGGGAGACCCUACAGGAACAUUUGGAAGCACACAAAAUACAGCAGGAAAACGUAGUUCUCGUCGAGUACGUCGAGAAGUGUCCUCCGCCGCUGCCCGUUGAUACUCUCGUUCACGACGACUGGGUCAGCGCCGUGCACACGUCGGACGCCGGUAUCCUAUCCGGAUGCUACGACAACAGCCUGCACAUUUGGGAUCACAGCGGUUCGCGCAAGCUUCUCAUACCGGGCCACGUGGGCCCGAUCAAGUCGGUGAAAUGGGUCUCCGUAGGGGAACCCCUGUGCACCUUCGUCAGUGCGUCUCUCGACGAGACGGCGAUGUUGUGGCAGUGGAACAAGGAGACGAACGCCAUCGAAUCGGUUCAGAUAUGUCGGGGGCACGCAAGGAGCGUUGAUUGCGUGGACGUUAGCUUGGAUAAAAACAACUUCGCGACCGGCUCCUUCGAUCAGAUGCUCAAGGUAUGGAGCGCGGACCCCAGCACUACGCAAUACGACCAAGCGCACGACGACUCUGAAGGCAGCAGAAAGAAGCAGAAGACUGUAGACGGCAAGGCGAAGACGAGGGUUCCCGUGCUGACACUGUCCGGUCACCAUGAAGCCAUCACGGGCGUACAGUGGACCGACGACAAAGAGGUGGCGACGUGCUCGAUGGAUCACACCCUGCGGCUUUGGGACGUCGACUUGGGCGGCAUGAAGACGCAGCUGGUCGGCUCCAAGGCGUUUCUAGAUAUUUCCUAUUCGAGGCUGACUAAUCAGAUCAUUUCUGCCCAUACAGAUAGACACAUUCGCCUCUGGGAUGUCAGGCUGAAGGAAGGAGCCAUGGUAACGUGCACCUAUUCUUCACACUUGGGCUGGGUGUCGUCGGUACACUGGGCCCCAGACUCGGCUCACCACUUUGUUUCUGGAUCGUAUGACGGGUUCAUGAAGCACUGGGACGUGCGCAGCCCCAAGGCUCCGCUGUAUGACAUGACGGGUCACGAGGACAAGGUGCUCGCUGUAGACUGGUCGCUCCAGAAAUACAUGAUCAGUGGAGGUGCGGACUGCCACAUGAAGAUAUUUGAAUUCAAGUAGCCAUUUUAAGUUUAUAUUGUCAUUCAAGGAAGUAACUCUCACUGCAGCAUUUGUGGAUAAAAUGGCAUAUUUGAUAUAUA